CACUAAGUAGUUGGGGGCAUUUGUUUACCACUAAAAAAAUCACUCAAUACCACAUUGAUUAUUUUCAAGGAGUGGUAAUGAUUUAUAAGGCCAACUUAACCAUGUUAAUUAAAUUGGUGUAAGUUGGGCCUAAAUAAUGGUAUUUUGGGCUUCAUACCAUGUCAAGCGUUGACACCCUUCAACAUCAACUACCCAAGUGGGCACCCCAUCAUACUUAGCCAAAUUUUCAAUCUAUCAGUCGCCUACCUACCUUGCCGGUAAUUACCCCUAGACAUGAUGGGGCGAAGAAAGCCAAAAUUUGGCUAAGUGUUGAGACCCACAACACAACGGGGGUCAUGCUUGACAUCGUCCAAGGGGGUCUCGUACAAGGGGAGUCAAGCAUGACAUCAUCCCGGGGGGGUCAAGCAUGAUGUCAUGCAAAGGGGUCAUCGCGCUAGACCGUGAUGGGAAAGAAGGCGCAAAUUGGCUAAGAGUUGAGACCCAUAGCACAAUAGCAAAGAGAGCCAAAAUUUGGCUAAGUGUUGAGACCCAUAGUACAAGGGGGGUCGGACAUGACAUCAUCCCAGGGGGGUCAAGCACAAGGGGGGUCAUGCAUGACACCGUCCAAGGGGGUCAAGCACUAGGGUGUCAAGCAUGAUGUUGAAGUGAAAAUUGGCUAAGUAUGGAGAAGGGGGGUCAUGCAUGACCUCGUCCAAUGGAGUCUCGUCCAAGGGGCAACCGUCCAAGGGGGGUCAUGCAUGACCUCAUCCAAUGGAGUCUCGUCCAGGGGGUCCCGUCCAAGGGGUUCUCGUCAAGGGAGUCAAGCAUGACACCGUGCAAGGGGGGUCAAGCAUGAUACCAUCCAAGGGGGCUUGGUAGCACCCUAACGGGGUACCAAGCCGGCAGGGUGUAAUUUACCAACUUGAUGAGGCUACAAAAACUAAGUAUGGAUACCAAGCUACCAGGGCUGGCUUGGUAGCAAGGGGUGUCAAGUUGAUUACAUGGGCUUGGUGGCAUGCUAGAAGGUAUCAAGCCGAUGAGACGCCUUGGUAACAACCAACAAGUUAAUGAGAAGGACUUGGUGUCAUGAGGUGGUAGGAGACUCAGGAGCGGGGAGUCAUCAAGUAGUCGAGGGUGAGAUCAAGACUUCAUCAUGGUUCAUGGAGGCUGAGGCAAGAGCCUCAACCCCAUCCAGUCAUGACAAGGCGACAAGGAUCAACAACAACACGACCCGGCAUCGAGGCCAUCAAGUACCCACCAGCCCAAGACGGGACAAGGGCCCCCAAGGUGACGGUUACCAACUAGUCACCAAGGCGGCGACAAGGACCCCGAGGUGGUUUGGAGCAGCAAGCCAGCUAGCGGUUACAAAGGCAGUUACCAAGGAAGUUACACUCGAUGUCUAUAAAUAGGAGAAACUAAAAUUGUAAAAGGGUUCCACAACCAACCAUUUGACGCACAAUGUCAAAAUUUAUCUUUUCUCUGCAAAUCAGCUUUUAGUCUUUCGGAGCUCUCACUGAACCUCUAUAGGAGUAGAGUAACUUAGAUUGUUCCCAAAAACCAUCAAAAACAUCAAACACCCUCGUUCGAACAUUGUUCGGAGAGGAGUGAACCGUGUUAUUAAUCGUUGUUCAAGAAGUCAAGGUGCAUUUAUUGAGUUCAAACACUAGUUUUUCCUCGCCGAAAAACAGCAGUAAAUUGUUCGGUUUACAGAAGAAGAGUCAUUCGGGAUGGAUUCCCCCAAGCUCCUCGGUUAGGUUCAAGUUGUAAUUCCCUUUGGUUGAUUACUGUUGAUUAGACUGCGAAAGAUCCAAAAAUAGUUUGGGAUCUCUUAACCUGACCAAGCCCUCUUAGACAGAAUACCCGGCAGGCGACUAGCCUUCACCGGAAUAAAUUGAUAAGGCAAUU